UCCCCUCUGACCUGCGCCUGUGAGGAGGGUUGGGAAGCGUUGUCCACCUUGCACUGAGGAAGACACUGGAGCAGUGAGACUUUCAUGGCCUUUCCUUGAGCUCCAGAGUGAGGCUGGCCCAGCCAGCAUGGCUCCUGCCCUCCACUGUGAGUCUCUGGAGAGCUGCGGCUGCCUCGGAGAGGUCCCCAGUAGAGGCAGGAAAAGCUCCCGGCCAAGGAAGGGGUGCCUUGCUUAGCCAUGUUCUUGUAAGUUCUGUGUGGGGGCUGCUGAGGCAGAGAGCUGGACACUUCUAAGUCUUAAUCCAAGAUCCUUGACCUAUAAACUGCUCCGCUGCUGUGAGCCAAGCUGUGGGAGUGAUGGAUGGCAGACGUAAAUUAUUUUUGGCUCCAUUGCUCAGCUCAGUCUUGGCAGGGGGCCCUUUAAAUUUGAAAUGUAAACUGACGUCUACAAAAGAUUUAGGAAUCUGAGGUCAUUUUCUCCCUACAGUUCCCAUGUCGGCCCGUUCUGUAGAGGGGUCACUGAUGACGCCAGGCAUGUGCUUUUUUAAGGGCUCUCGACAACUAAAGUAUACGUGUUAUAAGGUGAACUACGUAAUGGGACGGCUUCUAAUAGAGAGGGUCCCUGCAUCCCUUCCAUCCACCUCCCACAGACCUAUGAAAGCUUGGUCCUCAUCACAAAGCCAGGCUGGAGCUGCUGCUGGUGACAUGGUCUUAGACCAGCAAUUCGUGUGCCAUUGCUUCUGUCAUUCUUGUGUCCUGAGUGUGCUUUACACUCAUCAUUAGCUAGAAUCCUCACAAGAUUGCCGUGGACUUGAGGAUGGCAAGGCUCCACCCCCACCCCGGCUUUACUGAGGUGUAAUUGGUCAAUACAAAUUGUGUAGACUUAAAGGCAAGCUUUAAUAAGAGUAAGGGACGUAUGGAACUUUGAGGCAGCGGAAUUGGUUUGAACCCCACUGUACUGCCUACAUGUCAGCCUUGGGCUAGUGGGUCUUCUUUUCCAGCAUCAUUUUCUCAGCUGUAACAUGGGAUACCAUCGUUACCCCUUGGUUAAAGCUACAAAGCCAUGUCAAUAGAAUCAUUCACUAAACAGGUGGAAACAGAUCAGAGUGUGGUCCAGUGAGAGUUGGCCUAGAGCCUCAGGUUGACCCCUCUGUUCCUCUGGCACCCAGACCAGCCUCCUUUGCACUCAGAAGUAUUAACCUUAAAACGUGAGGGGGAGCGGAGAUUUACCAUCUGAACCUUGGAACUCUACAUUUUAUUGGACUAUACCUCCGGAAUUCAAAGGUAGACAUGGUGAGGGAAUAAGGCCAAUCUGACGUGACCUUUAUCUGUGUGUUUUGUCUGGAGCAGGGAUUCCGGGUCUCCUCCCUUGCCCUGUUCCUCUCGGAUGGAACAAGAAGACAAACAGGGUGUGUGUGAAGCCCUGGAUUCAGAAGACACAGGGAUGGGCUCCGAUUUUGAGAACUCCGAGGACAGGGAAGGGGACCCAGAAGAGAGAGAAAUGGGUUCUCGUGCACAGGAUGCGGACAGGAGAGGCGGCCACCCAGAGCAGGAAAGGGGCCCCGGCCCGCAGGGUGAAGCUCCAAGAGAGGACUCCGAGGAGCGGGAACUGGUGCCUGGCAUGUGCGCAGAGGGGCUGCUGAGUGAGGAAGAAGGGGUUGCUCUCCGCGAGGAAGAGAAUGACCGGUCUGGUGUAGCUGAGAUGGCCGUGUUCCCAGGACUGUCUGUGUCUGAGAGCAUAUCCCGGAGUCCCCGGGAAGAGGAGGAGGAGAGCGCCCGUGAGAACCGGCUGGAGGAGGAAGAGGAGCAGCCACCCCGGCCCGUGCUCCCCUGGAGGCGGCACCUCUCCCUGGGAAGUAGGCACCGAGGUGACAAGCCGGCCCAUCGCCGCUUCCGACGUCUCCACCACCCUAUGGCAAUGGACCUCGGGGAGCUGGACAGCCUGAUGGCUAGCAUCAUGGAUUCGCCCACCAUCUGCCCCGACUGUGGAGAGAGCUUCAGCCCGGGUGCCGCCUUCCUGCAGCACCAGCGCAUCCACCGCCUGGCAGAGGCAGCCGCAGCAGCCACUCUGGAACCCUUCGGCCUGACGGGCGAGUGCGGCGCAGUGGUGGGCGUGGCCGGGGGCUUCGGGGCGGGGCCUGCGCUGGCCCGGCCCCCGCGCGAGAAGCCUUUCCGCUGCGGAGAGUGCGGCAAGGGUUUCAGCCGCAACACCUACCUGACCAACCACUUGCGCUUGCACACGGGUGAGCGGCCCAACCUGUGUGCCGACUGCGGCAAGAGCUUCAGCUGGCGUGCGGACCUGCUCAAGCACCGGCGGCUGCACACCGGCGAGAAGCCCUACCCGUGCCCCGAGUGCGGCGAGGCCUUCAGCCUCAGCUCGCACCUGCUGAGCCACCGGCGCGCGCACGCCGCGGCCAGCGGUGCGGGACCCGCCGCGCUGCGGCCGUUCGCCUGCGGCGAGUGCGGCAAGGGUUUCGUGCGCCGCUCGCACCUGGCUAACCACCAGCGCAUCCACACGGGCGAGAAGCCGCACGGCUGCGGCGAGUGUGGCAAGCGCUUCAGCUGGCGCUCGGACCUGGUGAAGCACCAGCGCGUGCACACGGGCGAGAAGCCCUACAUGUGCUCUGAGUGCGGCGAGACCUUCAGCGUCAGCUCGCACCUCUUCACGCACAAGCGCACGCACUCGGGCGAGCGGCCCUACGUGUGCCGGGAGUGUGGCAAGGGCUUCGGCCGCAACUCGCACCUGGUCAACCACCUGCGCGUGCACACCGGCGAGAAGCCCUUUCGCUGCGGUCAGUGCGAGAAGCGCUUCAGUGACUUCUCGACGCUGACGCAGCACCAGCGCACGCACACGGGCGAGAAACCCUACACGUGCAUCGAGUGUGGCAAGAGCUUCAUCCAGAGCUCGCACCUGAUCCGCCACCGCCGCAUCCACACCGGCAACAAGCCGCACAAGUGCGCGGGCUGUGGCAAGGGCUUCCGCUACAAAACGCACCUCGCGCAGCACCAGAAGCUUCACCUGUGCUAGGGCUGGGCCUGAGGGAGGCUGACCUCCCGGGAGCAUUUGGGGCCCAGAUGUCCUGGGGACAGACCCUAUAGAAAGAAAUGGGAAGGGGCGGGAGGGACAAUCUGAGAGCAACUGGGGACCUAUUGGUGUUAGGGGGUCCUGAAAGGGAGGGUUGAUUAAGAGGUGUUCUUUGGGGUGUUCUAUUCUUGCCUGCCUCCUCCCCGACGAAGAAAUGUUUGGGAGAUGUGCUUGAGCAUGCUGACUUCUCAGGCACGCUGUAGGAGCAGAGUGGGCACUUUGAGGACCUUGAAGAAGGGGAGUUAGGCGGCAGGGGAGGGAACAGGAUGGCCGGAAUAGAGUGGGUUGGGCUGUGAUGGCCUGUGGGAAUCAGGGGAGAGGGCGUGGUUGGAGUGAGGGUUACAGGGUACAAUAAAAAGCCAGUGUGGAUCAUUCUAUCCUGGUCCCGCCAGGUGUUGAGCCACCCUUUGCCCUGUCCUCCCCUUCACCCCUCCAACAUCAGCUCUAGUCCUACAAAAAAGUAGAGGAACCUAGCCAGUCCUGUAAGGAAUGAUAUAGUGUAUGCUCUUCAUUUCUCUGAGCCACAGUUAGCUGCUAUUUUGAGGUGUCCAGGGGAUACUGGGCAGAAAAGCUACACACCCUCAUUUCAACAGUAAAACUCAGAGAUUCAUUCAUAACUGGUCGUCAGAUCUAGGAUGCCCUGGCCCCACCUCUGGCUCAUUGCUACUUCCUUUGAAAUGUUCUAGCUUCAUGCUGGGGCAAGGUGGUCUGUGUGAGUUAGCAGACCCUGGCCCCCAGUGUCAGGUGUGUGCCCGGCUCCACGUUUCCUUCAGGUCUCACUUGUGAUCUUUUAUGUGCAGGGAAAUGGAACAAUCCCAGCUCUAUGUGACUUCUCUUCCCCAGGUCAGCUGGGUCCUCAUUUCAGGUGAACCUCAGACCGUCAACAGUUGACCCAGUGACCUGCUACAAAGGUCAGCCAGCUCAAGAGUUUUGCUGGCCUUGUGUGAGAAACACAGGGAAGUGGAGUUCGCAUGCUGGGGCACACGUCUCCUUGGUCUCAUUUGCCUUUGUGUUGUGUCUUGCACCCCUCCUCCUCCAUAGCAUGGGGGAAAUCACGGAAGCCCCACCUCCACCCCUAUUGGUUUGGGCUCUGGUCUGAGUAGAAACUUGUUUUUCCUACACAGGGAGGCACGGUAGAAAGCUCCAGGCUUUAUACAAGAAGGGCACAAGCAGGGAGAGGUGUACAUGCAGAAUUGCCAAAUAGCACAAGCAAUGAAUGUUUCCUGGUUCUGGAAAUGCCAAACUAGCACUUUUAUAUUUGUAAAGUGCUUUAUGCUUUUUAACGAUUGUUAGUUGUUUCUCACAUCUCUGUGAGGUAGAUCAGUAUUAUGACCCUUGUCUUAGGGAAGGCCUGGGGACAGGAGUGCUGAAUGCAGUUCUGAGGAGAGGCUGCGAUGGCGUGGGUAGGUGUGGUCUCACCUUUUGUGCUCUCCAGCUCGGCUGCUAGGAUGACUUACCUGUUGCGAUUUAUAUAAUAAACCAAGGACACUGAAAAUUCGUAUGCUUGAUGGAAAUUUUAAGGCUAGUCUAGAAGGGCCAAAGAUGUCCUUGUUGACAAAGCUGGUCUUUGUCACAUAGUUAGGGUGUCCUAGGUAUGUUACAUUUCUAUUAGGUGGCUGUAGUUAGAUGACUCUUGUGUAGAUUUCAGUUGCCUGUGCUGAAAUCCCUCACCUAGGCGGGCCUUUAGACGUUAGAGUUGUGGAAAGCAGCCUGUUUUAUUCACUAGUGAUUGUUACCCUGUGCUUUUCAUGGAAGCAUCUUCAUAAACUGUUGGGCACAUGUGAAGGGAAAAAAGACAACUACAAGGUUGUUUUUACAAUUUAGCAAAUUUUAUGGGGAUGCCAGUAAUUUAUACUUGAUCCGCUGUAGUCUAGCAAAGGACCUCUUGGGGGGCUGUAGGAAAGCAUGUUUUUGUCAUUAUAAAAAACACUUUAAAAAUCCUGAAAAUUGUGGGCUUGUAUAAUGCUUGUUAAUCUUGCCCUCUCAAUCAGACUAUUGUUAUUCAGAAAUGCAAAUAGAUUUUCAAAAUAGAGGUAGUUUUGGAAGACACUAAUUUUUUUAAAAUUUUCUUUUAGUUGAGAGUAAUGAGCAAAGCAAGUGUCCAUUCUUUAUUCUGAAUUUUAUAGUCUGAAUACGAAGUGUAUGAGGCUCACGUGAAAAUAAUAUAGCCCUUUUGUAGGUAAUCUUAUCCCUUUGGGGUUUUUUUUUUCCAUGCACAUCUACCUCUUCCAGCUGUUUUAAGUUCUUUCAAGUCUGUGCCUAUGAAAUGUCAUUGAACUUUUGAUUCUUCAUGGGUUGACCAUCCACUUGAUGGAUUAGUUGGCCUUUUGCCGCCAUGGUUCGACUAUUGCACAGUCUCAUCUGCAUCAAUUCCAUUACAUAUUAGCAGCUUUUGAGAAAGGGUUCAACAGGGAGGGGAGAUUGAAGCAAUGGAAAGUAAUUUAGAGGUCAUGGAAAUCUCUGGAGUUCAUUGACCGCUCUGGAUCUUCCUGUUAGGGUGGAUCAGAGUCAGCUUCUACUUCAGUAUCCCCUCCCUGAGCAAACCUCUGUGCGGAAGGAAACAGACCAACCAUCCACACCCACCCUUACGGUGCAUCUAAAAUGUGAUUCCAUUUUUCUCACAAUUCUUCAGGGAACAUAUCUGCGUUUCUUGUAUUUAGUUUUAGGAUAAUAUUUCUCAAGCAAACCCUGUUGACUGUGGUUCACCCUUACAAAUGUUCAUCUGAAGACUCCUACCAACCCAUUCAUGAAGGUGGAGACAAGUGCAUCAUUUGUUUCCUGGGAGUUUGGUCAAGUGCAGGCUGCCCUUUCCUGAGCAAAAUCUGGAGCAGAUUAAAUAGGUUCAGUGGCUUGCUUAACUCUUGAGCUCCCAGUGGGGAGGAGAAGAUGACAAGUUAACCCCUUGAGCCAUGUGGUCUCUUCGAGAUCAAGAGGCUGUACAUAUGUGAAAAAGUACAAAUUAGGGACCUGUGUUCAUAGACAAUCUGAACUGUGUUUCUCAAAUUUGUGCACACUUUCCUUCACUGUAAUGUUAUUUUACAGCUGUUUGUUAAAAUAGUGAAUAAUUUAAUGACCCUGAAAGUAACAGGUUUUGUGUGUGUGUGUGUGUGCGUGUGCUUGUGUAUGUGAGAUUUGCCUUAUUUUCAGGUUGUUUUAUUUAAUGAUGGUUCCCUGGACAGCAUUCUGGUGUUCAAGCAAACCAAUAUGGAAUAUUUGUCAUUAAAUCCUUAUCUGUCUUUUA